AUGUCGACCGAUCUCAAAAGUAAAAAGCGCAAGUCUGGUGAUGAUGUUGUCACAAAGGCCAAGAAAGUCAAGACUACCGUCCCCACCACCCGCGAGACGCGAUCAUCAGCAGAAAAGCCAGCUCCACUCAAAUCUGCGCUGAAGAAGGACAACCCUUCCAAGUCAACCACCACAACCAAGCCCAAGCCCAAGGAGACUAAGAAGAGCGCAAAGGCCAGCAAGAAGCAAGAAAUUGCCGACGCUGAAGAGCUCGAAGCCGCCUCCGACGCCGAAGAUGGAGAUGCUGAGCUCACUGCCAACCUCCUCGCCGGAUUUUCCGACACAGAGGAUGAAAACUCCGAUGCAGACGGCGACGAGGAUGCCAUUGAGAUCUCCAAGCUCCCAGCUCCACCCACCGCAGGCGAAGUUCAGAAGGCCAUCUCCAAGAUCGCCGCAGAUAGUGCCUCAGACCCCGAGUCCACUCCCGGCGUAGUGUACAUCUCACGCAUCCCUCACGGUUUCUAUGAGCCUCAAAUGCAAGCCUACUUCUCUCAAUUCGGCCCCAUCWCCAACAUCCGACUCGGACGCAACAAGAAGACGGGGAAAUCGAAGCAUUUCGCUUUCAUUCAAUUCGCGUCGGCGAGCGUGGCGGAGAUUGUGGCCAAGACUAUGGACAAGUAUCUCUUGUUCGGACAUUUGCUUCAGGCAAGAACAGUCCCUGCUGAGCAAGUGCAAGAGAAUCUGUGGAAGGGCGGAAAGGGUGUCAAGGGAGGAAAGGCGAGACCGCGGAACAGGAUUGAGGGGAGCAAGUUGAGGAAGGGAACUGAUCGUGAAGGGUGGGAGAAGAGGAUCGAGAAAGAGGAGAAGCGGAGAAGCGAGAAGGCGGACAAGCUGAAGGAUAUGGGCUACGAGUUUGAAAUGCCCAGCGUCAAGGCUGUCGAUACUGUUCCAGUGAAGGCAGUAAAGGAUGCGGAUGCUGCAGCUGGAAAGGAUGCUGUGGUGGAAGAAACCGUGGUGGAGAAGAUUGAGCCYAAGGGUGAUGAGACGGUUGUCACUGUGGAGAAGACGACCAAGCGGAAGGGCAAGGGUGCGGCGGCCGCUACAACUACUGUCACGAAGAAGAGGAAGACGAAGGUGGCAGCUUGA